CAAUUUCUAACCUCAAUUCAAAUCGCUUAUGCUCGUGGUGCCCAUGCUUGGGUUGCCGAUGAGGUGUAAUACAUUCAUAUGAAAUAACUUCUGGCUUUCGGAGUGUUUUUUUGACUUUGUUAGGGUUACAUCGUGUAUUUGCCUAAAUUGUCAUAUUAUAAUGGCACUGACGAAAAGUAUAGCAGAGUUGGCAGGUGAUAAGAAGAGCGAUGAAAAAGCGCGUACAUUUGUACUGGAGAACCACGGGCACACCCUAGGCAAUGCUUUGCGUAGUAUUGUAAUGGGAUAUCCUGAAGUGGAUUUUUGUGGUUAUUCUGUGCCACACCCAGCAGAGAACAAAAUGCAUUUCAGAAUACAAACAAAAGGACCAAGAGCUACUGACAUUCUCCAACGUGGACUUGAAGACUUAGUAAAGGUGUGUGAUGCAAUUGAAGAACAAUUUAAGAGUGAAAUGGAAUCCUUUCAGGCUUCAAAUCUCUGACUCGAAAUGUGAUGGUGCUCACUGAAAGUGAUAUAUAAAAGACAUUGGAAGACAUUUAAGAUAGAAAUGUGUGAGAAGAAACAUACCAAUAUAUCCAGCAUAUAUUGUUGUGAUUUUCUAAGACUAUCAUCAAGUACAUCAAUUAAAAAGAAAUAGAAGAGGCAGUGACACUAAACAUUCACAUAAUUGUGAUGUUUUAUUUAUUUUGAUAUAGAGAAGGAAAAUUCUGUUAAUUUCGUUUCUAAGAUGCAUAUACAAAUGAAAACUACACUAUAUUACAGGAUCAUCAAUUUCUUAAAAAGAGAAUAAAAAAAUAUGGUUUUAAUUUUCUUUAUAUUCUAAAGUAUUCAUGACCCUAACUUGUCCAGACAUUUGAAUGUGUUUAUUAGUGGAUUAGAAAUGUUAAGCAUUCUUUCACACAUUUUGAUGAUGUGUUGUUAAGUUACUGCCACUGUAUUGUAAAUAAAGUUCUGUAUAUUUGUUAUGUCUUCAAAGCUAUCUAAACCAGACUAUCUUAAAUUCCUGCACCAAACACAAGACCUUCGAAAUAAAUGAAGAAACAUUCAUAUGGAAAUUUCAUUGAAUGAAAGUUUAAAAAUCAUUAGAUAAUUUUGUUAACUAGAAAGAAGGUACCAGAAGAACAUGCCAAUGUAAUUCUUAAAUUU